AUGACUACGAGGAGAGGAGGGAAAGGGGAAAAAGUAGCAAACCCAAACACACCAUCUGCGGUAUCCUCCUUCUUUAAAACUUCCCAGCCUUCUAAAAUCACCAAGGACAUGGCAGGUGGUGAAGAAACAGGCAGACACUCGCCACCGACUGCUGAAAGCCAAUCCCAUAUUACAAAAGCAGACCUACAACACUUAGUAUCCAAGAAAGAUCUGACGGAUAAUUUCGAAAAAUUAUGGGAAAAGAUAGAUUCCAUACAUACGUCAGUGACGUCCACCAUGGCUGAAAUUAAAUCUGAUCUCACGGACAUGGGAAAAAGAAUUGACAUACUGGAAGACCAGAAAGAUGCAAUGGUUGAAAAUGUAGAUGAAAUGACACAAACAAUAUCUGACCAACAACAACUUCUCCAGGAAUUACAAGACAAAAUGGAAGACUUGGAGAAUAGGAGUAGGCGGAAUAACAUUAGGUUGAAGGGGAUCCCAGAGGAUGUAACAACUAAAGAAAUUCCGGCUUACAUUGCACAACUCUUCAGUUAA